AUCAAAAGCAAAUCUAGACCUAUAGUAGAUUGCAUUUAGAAUGUGAUCUCACUAGUGGCAAAAUGUGGUAAAAUGUCGAAACCCCCCAGGGUGUUAUACUUCAAGUUGACUGCCGUCAAUGGUCAUUCGUUCUUCUUCCAUCAACUGAACACUCAGGCACAGGCCAAUCCUCCUCAACAUGUCUCUCGUCUCUCAUCACUACAAGAUUAUAGCAGCUGACUCAGGGAAGUGUCUCAUGCUUCCCAGCGCCACUGGCACAGUCACGGCUAAGCACUAUACCGGGGCGACAAAUGAGCAGUGGAACAUUCAGGUGGAGGGGACGGCAGCUACAGGCCCUUAUACGAUUGAAAACAUUGGAUAUAAUGACCGUCCACUUGCCACUUAUUCCGCCGCCUGUAGCGAAGGCGAUAACGUUGUUGGUAAGCAGGCUGACACGGAGUGGAAAAUCGUCGAUAACGGAAAUAUAACCAAAUCAAUCUGCAUCCUCAACUAUGCAUGGACCGUCGAUGGCAGUAAGGUACGUGACCUGUCUGGAGCUGGAUUGCACUUAUCUGUAUAUUGUCCUGAUUCACAGGUGACCUUGUUCUUGCGAGAUAGUGCAGAUUCUCGUCAAAGGUUCACAUUCGAGCAGAUCUGACUGACCUGUGUCCUUGUCUUGCGUAUUAGAAGGAUACAUGAUUUGCCGAUCAUUUUCAUUUUAUUUGCGUGUUUGUCACAGAAUGGAACAGAUCUAGAUGUCAGAAUACGAUAAACCAGACAACUAUCCCCUCCCAAAAUGUGUACUAGUAUUAGUAAACACUUUCGGUGAA